GUGGACACAUCUGGAGCGUAGCUGCAGUGGAGGGCGUGCUGGAGAUCAGAGGGAGACUCACAGCCUCAGGGAUCCCAGACUCACCCCUCCUCCCCCGCGGAGAGCCGAAAAACACCGGAUCCGCGGACGCUCGCCCCUCGGAGAAACGGACGGCGUCCGAAAGAAAACGGCAGAGAGAGAGAGGGGGAAGAAAAGAGAGACGGACGGAGAGACGGACGGAGAAGGUGAGAAGAGGGAGUGAGGGUGAGAGAGAGAAAGGGAGAGAGGGAGAAGGAGGAGGAGAGGGCUGGAACUCAGCGCCUUUUGGACCCUGGGAAGAGCCUUUGGAAUGGACCUGGCCGCUAGCUGGAGGAACCCACUGCCGGCCCCCGUCCCCAAAUCAGAGGAGGCAGGGUAGAGGGUCCCCGCCGCCCUUCCCACGACCCCCCUAUUCCCAAAUGAGGAUGAACGGAGAUGUCCUUUAGCUGAGACCCAAAGUGCGCGUUUCGGAGGCGAGCGGGUGACCGUGCGGAGGAGGAGGGGGGGGAGCGGGGGAGAGAGGACGUCAGCGGGAUUAGCGGCCGCAUGUGGGCGCGGAGGCUGGUGGCGGUGGCCUCGGGGGUGGCCCUGCUGUCCCUCGUGCUGAACAACACGGCGGCGUUCACGCCCAGCUGGGUGGUGCAGGCGCUGGAGGACGGGCGCAAGCGGAGCGUGGGGCUCUGGAGGAGCUGCCCCUACCCCCCGGGGACGGGGGAGCGCGCCCGCGACCAGGGCGGGCGCUGCCAGGCGCUGAGCUGGGGCUCCGACCCCGCCGGCUACCAGGAGUCGCGCAGCACCGUCAGGCUGCAGUUCGACAUGAUGCGGGCCUGCAACCUGAUGGCGACGGUGGCCCUGACGACGGGGCAGCUGAUCUUCCUGCUGGGGCUCCUGGAGCUGCCGGUGGUGGGGCAGGACUCGCAGUGGUGGGAGGAGGCCAUCGCCGCCCUCUUCCAGCUGGCCAGCUUCGUGCUGGUCAUCGGGCUGGUGACGUUCUAUCGCAUUGGUCCGUUCACACACCUGUCCUACUCGUGCUACCUGAACAUUGCCGCCUGCUUGUUGGCGACGCUGGCGGCCGCGGUGCUCAUCUGGAACAUUCUACACCAGCGGGAGGACUGCCUCGCGCCACGCAUCGUCUUCAUCAGCCGAUCGCUUACGUCUCCGCUGCGCCCGCGCCUCGACAACGACUACGUGGAAUCUCCCUGCUGAACCCGAACCCAUUUACCCAACACCCACCAGCAGAGGAUCAUGGACCGUGGCGAUGGGUCAAGCAAGCCUCAUUCGGAUUACCGUGAAUUCGGUUGCCGGGGUUCCGUUUAGUCUUGGCGUUAUCCGUCUGUGUUUUUUUGUUGUGUAGCUUAUUCUUGCGCAACGCAGUAGCGUGAUGCCAAAGUCUGGGCAAAGUUUCACGGUCAGAUAAGGUCAAAAACCUGAGUGAUUACUUAUAUUAUUUAUAGAUUCAACCUUAAAUUAGCACAACAUGAAUAUGCUGCUAAUGCAACUUAACACAGCACAUCAAAACAAAUAGUUUCAGAUAGUACAAGCAUUUUCCAAAUUUACGCAUAUUUAAGAUUUCUACUGGUAGGUUGCAAUAUAUUCAUCAAGGGCUAUUUGGUACCAGACUAUAAAUGUAGUGGUAACUAUGUUCAUGUAAAUUGACCAAGAAUGUUGGAAAGAACAAAAAUUGAAGUGGAUGGGGAACAACGCUAACUCAUGGAUUUAUUUCCUUUUAUAACACGCUCGCUUGUGGUACAUGUAUUAAGUAUACCAAUUUUGUAUGGUCAUAUAAAUAUUAUACUGUUAUUCCAUCACAUUUCUACUUGUGUGUUUCUGUUGAGAAGUGUCUUUUAUUACCUGCUUAACGCAGGUAAAUAUGUAAUAAAUGUAUGAACAUCUUUGUAGCACAGUCA